UACCAACAGUUUUUAAUCACUUGCAUCUAUAUGAGCACAGUAUUUUUCCAUUUUAUUCUAUUAGCCAGCAUACUGCACAGAGUACUAUCAUUGGUGGCUAACCUAAAUCCCAGCUUAGUGAGUAGAGACCGUAUAUAGACGCGUCAUAUUGAGCUUCCUGCUAGCUUAGCUUAGCACCUUAGCGUAGUUUGUUAUGAGGUGUUUCGUUGCUGUGGAUGGUUUUGUUUGCUUGCGCUACAACACUACCCCAAAACUAUUUAAUGAACAACGUGAAUAAGUGAAAAGACGUAUUCCGAGGGUUUGUGGUCAUGUGAAAUACUUGAAGGUGGGAACAGAGGAGAAUGGACGCCCUUGCACACAUGCUUUCGGAUCCUCUUGAUCCAAAAGAAGAGAACGAUGAGCAAAUCACCGAGGAGUGCAUGCUGGGGAACUGCAGAGUGAGCCUUCCAGAGGACCUCCUGGAGGACCCUGAAAUUUUCUUCUCUGUGCUGAGUGAAAGCACUUGGCGUGAAGUACUGACAGAUUCCCAGCGGCAGCACCUUCGUCAGUUUCUGCCGCAGUUUCCUGAGAACAAUAGUGUGGAGCAGGACAGUACCAUCAGUGAUCUAUUCAAUAAUAAAAAUUUUAACUUUGGGAACCCCCUUCAUCUUGCACAAAAACUAUUCAGAGAUGGUUACUUCAAUCCUGAGGUGGUCAAGUACAGACAACUGUGUGCCAAGUCCCAGAGGAAACGACAGGUGCACUGCCUUCAGCAGUAUUACCACAGGCUGCUGAAGCAGAUCCUCGUCUCCAGAAAGGAGCUGCUGGACUUUGCAGUACAAAAUGGUCUGGACUUUCCACAUAAAAGAAGGUUACCAACCAAAACCCAUGCAGAAAUGCGGGAGGCAAGGGUGACAAGAAGAUUGAGUCGCAUAAUGAAGGAGGUCAAAGCUGAGUGUGGGGACAGCAAUGCUUCAUCUGAUGAUGAUGAUAUAUCACCAUGGACUCCGGCACCUCAGUCACCCUCUUCUCCAACACCCACGGUCUCAGUCAGAGUACUACCAAGCCUCUCCACUCAAGACAUGAAGAGUACUGAAAAAAUAGAACUUGGUGAGCAGGAUUUGAAAGUCAUGCUGCAGAAUCAUCGUGAGAAGAGGAAGCGACAACCGGACCAUCCAGACUUGAUAACCUCUGAUAUCCACCUUGGAGACAUACUUUCAAGAGCAAACAUGGGUCGUAAAGGGACUAUGCCACUCUUCGAUCUGUCUUUGCCUAAGAAGAAGAUCAGAGAUGAGAGAAGGAAGAAGAAAAUGAGGACGAUAAAAGUUGAAUCUGAGGACACCUGUGACACUCUUGCACCUCCAGACACCCCAUCAGCUCCACCAGCAAACAUAAUCAACUCCCUGCCAGAUGCACCGUCUACCCCGCUAACCAACAUUAAGGAGGAAGUUGUGGAGGAGUAUCUAAGCAGUCCCGUUCCAGUUGAGGAAAUAGUCGCCAGUUUUUUCAGUUUGCUGGAAAACAUCUUGAGGACAGAAGGUCCUGCCAGUACUUCAGUGUUGGAGGAGAAAGUUCAAAUAUGGCAGUCAUCUCCAGCAAGUUCCAUUAAUGCAUGGUUUUCUUCAGCCUCAUGCUGGUCUGACUUGGUUGUUCAAGCCCUGCAGUUUCUUGCAGGAGAGACUAAAGAUGGCAUGAUGGCACUUCCCAGUGGCUUUUCUCCAUUUGUAGAAUUUUCUGAUGAAUGUCAACAGUGGAGGUGGAUCGGUCCCACUCAGGAUACAGAGAAGGAUUUGAGUGCACUGUGUCAGUUGUGGUUAGACUCCAAAGAUUUCAUUGUCAAGACAGAAAAUGAAGAAACAUUAGAGAUGACCUCUCCCACACCGAGACUUUCAACUGAUUAUGUCGUGCGUCCCAGCACUGGAGAUGAGAGACAAGUGUUUCAAGUCCAGGAGCAGCAACGGUACAACCAGCCACAUAAGGCUUUCACGUUUAGGAUGCAUGGCUUUGAAUCUGUGGUGGGUCCAGUUAAAGGAGUGUUCGAUAAGGAGAUGUCACUAAACAAAGCCAGGGAGCACACGCUGCUGCGCUCAGACCGACCACCAUACGUCACCAUUCUUUCUCUGGUACGGGAUGCAGCAGCCAGAUUACCCAAUGGGGAGGGAACGAGAGCAGAGAUCUGUGAACUGCUGAAAGACUCACAGUUUCUUGCUCCAGAUGUCACAAGUGCACAGGUGAAUACAGUUGUCAGCGGGGCUCUGGAUAGACUUCACUAUGAGAAAGACCCCUGUGUCAAGUAUGACAUUGGCCGCAAACUGUGGAUUUACCUGCACCGCAAUCGCAGCCAGGAAGAGUUUGAGAGGAUCCACCAGGCCCAAGCUGCAGCUGCAAAAGCAAGAAAAGCUCUACAGCAAAAACCGAAACCAGCAGCUAAACCUAAGUCUGGAAGCAAAGAUGGAGGCAACAAAACGGGAUUUUUGGAAGCAGGACAGGAUAUAGGUUCUAAUCCCAUGUCACCAAUCCCGACGACACCCACUCCGAACACACCUGGAACCCCCAAAUCACCCUUACCCUCCACAGUCACCACACCAACAAAAACCAGAGUCCCAGAUACAAUCAAAACCAGCCCAGGUGUUCUUCUUGUGUCCCCUCCAUCGUUGCCCCAGCUGGGAACUAUUUUGCCCACAAGUCAGGCUUGUCCACCAGCUUCUCAGCCAGUUACAUCCCACGCAGCUCGUAUAGUGAGUCACCUGACGGCAGGUUCUCUUCCACAAGUACGAGUCGUUCCUGCUCAGCCUGGCCUGGGGUCAUCGGCAGGAAGUCAGCAAGCCACACUGGUACAUCAGACCCCUCACCAGAUCCGGAUGCCAGUGUCAGUGUCAGCUAAAGGAAUUUCACAGGCUGUGGUGUCUGUGCCUUUAAGAAGUCAACCUGCUAGCAGUCCAGUCCAGGUUCCAACUACAUUGUCUGUGUCAGCUGUAACCUUGGCCAAACCUCAAUCUGGAUCACCUGGUAGCCCAGCUAACAACCCUGCUUCUCCAGCGGUGCUGCAAGGAGUCACCAGCCCAAACAUCAAACAGGUGUCUAUCACAGGACAACUGGGAGUAAAGUCUCCAGGAGCAGGAAUUCCUAUCACAGCUACAAACCUUCGCAUCCAAGGCAAAGAUGUCCUACGCCUCCCACCAUCGUCCAUAACCACAGAUGCUAAAGGCCAAACAGUGCUGCGGAUCACCCCAGACAUGAUGGCAACACUUGCCAAAUCCCCAGUUACGACCGUCAAGCUCACUUCUGACUUUCUGGGCUCUGCCUCCACAGGCGGCAAGAGCAUAUCAGCCACUCUUCACGUGACACCACCCCAUCCUUCACCUUCUUCGGUGUCCAGUGCUGCAUCCUGUACUGGGGAAGUACAGACCACUAAAGCAGGACACGUUGCCUCGACCUUGUUAAAGGCUGCAGGAGACACGACCAUUCGUUUGAUGCCCACGUUGGCCGUCACUGUGGCCGACCAAAAAUCUAGGACCUUCUCCACUGUGACUUCCCCAGACAAGACCGGCGCCACAAUUCGGAUAAUGCCGGGCCUGGGUGUAAUUCCACAGAAACCAGGUCAGACCAUCACAAUGACCACCACCACUGGCAGUAAACCUCUCACAGCAAGUACAUGUGCUAACGUAGUGACCAUGCCUGCCAGUGUUGUGGCCGGUGCUAAAGGGAUCACAGUGGCUUCUGGAGCUUCGGGGUCACCUCUGACGCUAGGAACAGCUACAGCUACUGUGCGACAGGUCCCUACUACAGUUGUCACCACACAAACGGGGAAGUUACCCGCACGGAUCACAGUCCCCCUGUCUGUCCUCAAUCAGCCACUGAAGAGCAAGAGUGUUGUAACGACACCCAUUGUGAAAGGAAGCCUGAACACAAAUAUUAGCAGCCUGGGCAGAAACAUCAUUCUCACCACCAUGCCUGCUGGCACGAAGCUGAUUGCAGGAAACAAACCUGUCAGUUUUGUCACAGCGCAACAGUUCCAACAGCUUCAGCAGCAAGGACAGGCCACACAGGUUCGGAUCCAGACAGUUCCAGCGCAGCAGGUUCAGCACAUGGCUGCAGGCUCCCCAAAAUCUGUUUCAACAGUCGUAGUCACAACAGCACCUUCACCAAAAUGUACACCUGAUACUCCACCGGCUCCACAACAGUGAUCUCAUCCUGUCAGCCUACAAUGACUCAUAGAUCAAGGAUGCUAUAUAUGUACCAGGAUUGUUUCUUUUUGUCCAAUAUUUAUCAGAGUUUUAGUUCAGUUUGCAAGUUAAAAAACAUAAAAGCCAGAAACCUAAUUCUUCCCUGAAAACCCUGCUGCCUUUCUUUUCUUUUUUUCCAAGUAUUACAUGAAAAUUCUGGUCAUUUAUUAACAAAAUGUUACCUCCUGAAUUUGUUUCUCCACAUUGUUAUAAACAAAAUAUAUCAUAAGAAAAUUCAGCCUGUUUAUAAUCUUUCCGUAGAAAUUCCAGGUGCAAGUUUGUGGGAAAACUGAAAAGUCUACAUGGUCUCUUGAUAACCUCAAACAACAACUUGUCCGAUUGUAUUAAAGUACUAAUUCAGUUUAAUAUAAGCAAGUUGUGAUUUGUUAAUAAAAUAUUUCAAUAUGUUGCAUUUUUUGUAAAAGCAGGCGAUACACAAAUAUGAAUUGUCCUUUUUAAUAUUUACAAACAUGAUAAUAGUUAAUUCACAUGGAUUUCAAUCUUAUUUUCUUUAGACAUUUUUUUUAAAAAUAGAUAAAAUAGAUCAAGAUUUGAAAAAUGAAAUCAAAGAGCCAUAAACAUGCCUUCAUUCUUCAUCUGACUCUUGAAGCAAAGCUUUCUGAGAGGUCAAUUCAGAGGAUGUGUUACGCAUUCCCAUCUCUAUGUCUCGUCCCCUUGCCGAGAAUUGCACCACAGUCCUGUUGGAACAAACACAAGUGUAUAUGAAGAUUACACAACUAACACUGUUAUUGUUGCCUCCUGAAAGCUAAUGAAUUAUUAAUGAUAAUUAUUACCAAAGGACAUUAAAAUCUAAUCAAAAGUUCCAAAUGGAGACGAGGUUUAAACGUAUCAGUGCCUCUUAAGCCUAAACCUUUUUCUACCAACAAUCGCAAGAGGGUCCAUAGAUGCAAGACAUCACAGCAGUCAGUGUAAAAUGUUACCCACCAAUAACAGAUAAAGAAGACAAGUAAUGCAGAUUAAUACGGGUUAUAAGUUACCUGUAUUUAUCCAUCUUAAGGGUUAAGAACUACUAAAAUAAGCUGCCACUAGCUGUUGGGUAUUUAUGAGAAAUGUUGAAUGUAAACAAAAACAUGUUGCCUAUAUACACAUCACCUCAAAAAGCAGGUUUGGAUGUCAGAAUUCAAAAAAGGUGGCUUUCACCAAGCUUACAAAAUGUUCAGGAAGUGAUUUAUCAUGAAGUUUACUUGUCCUUGAAACCGUCCCUGAAAACCUUUGCUUCAGCUAUUCUGAAAUGUCAAGUGAAUAGUGAUAUCCCAUUGAGGCACAUUAUGCUCUAAUGAAAAGCCAUUUCAGAGCAAAAUAUGCAGGCUAAACCCUGAUCAAGUUGCAUUUUACAGGGAAUAAUAACCCGAGUACACGUAUCAUAAAUGCAGGUGCACAUGUUGUUCUGCCAUGUUGUGACAAGAUUUUAAUUGUACCUGUUUUGCUGAAUCCCACUUGUUCUGUUUUCUAACCAAGUCUGUUCAAACUCGGUUAUUACACUGAUCUGGUUGUAAAAUGUGUGCAUGUAAAGGAUGAGAUACUUACAACCAAACUACAACUGCAGUGGAAGUGACUAAAAGCAGGGCCACAGCUAAAUGCCAGCAGAAGCACAUUGUGACGAACAUGACGUUGGCGUGCUCGGUCAAGUUCCAUUCCACUCCACUUGGUGAGUAAAGUACGAAUCCAAUCUGAAAUGACAAAUGUGUGAUGAAGAAGCCAACUACCUAUUAUCAUUAUAAGCAAAUGAAUAAAAAAAUGUAAGUUGACAAAAAGUUUGCACAAAGAGCAAGAUCUAAGGACAGUCCACACAGAUGGCACCGAACUGGCCCUGACGUGUGCAGAAAUUAAUGAAAUCUACUGCUUGUCUAGAAAAUGUGAUUAAACUAUACAAGUAAAUAUUUUAAAAAGUGGUGUUGGUCCUCUAAGUGGUCUUUGUUUUAGUAUUCAAGUGCCACGGCGAUGCAGUGUUUAGCACAACGAGAAGGUUCCUGGUUUAAUCCUCCUGGGGCAUUUCUGUGUAUAGUUUGCUUGGUCUCCCUGCAGUCCAAAGACGUGCUUGUUAGGUUAAUUGGUGAUUGUAAUUUGCCUGUCAGUGUUUAUGGUUGACUGUCUCUAUGUGAUGGACUGGCAGCCUGUAUAGGGUGUAUCCUGUCUCUCAUCCUGUGUCAGAUGGCUGAACUGGACGGGUGGAUAGAUGUUGCUGGGUGUAUAAAUGAGGUGUUCUGCAUCAGGAUCUCAUUUGGCUAAUCACCUGGUAGAACCACGAACCCUGUAGGAUGAACAUGCAUGACCCGAACAGCUCUAAAAUAAUGUUGUCUCUUAUGAACAUCUCCAGCAUGAUGCUGGCUGAGCCUCCAAACACCGCCACCAGGAGCAGGGUGUGGAUGUGGGCGUCCAGAAGAGGUCGAUUGUGCACAUGGUAGUAAAACAGAAACCCUGUGUGAAAUAGAGUCAAACACAAAAUGUAGCUCAAAUACACGUUAGCCACCAGAAAUUAUGGUGAAAAAUAUUGUGCAACUAAAACCUGGCUUUCUUACAGCUUACCUUCAACAAAAAGAGCUAACGAGAGACCAAAGCGGCCCACUCCUCUUGGCACCAGUUGGAAUUUUGUACUUAAAAUCAGAGCUAUUCCAGAAAUCCCAAAGAACAGAUACAUUGUGCUGUGCUGCCAGUUCAUCAACUUAAUCCACCCGCCGUCGUUGUAGAGAUGAGCAUGUGGCCCGUCCACCACAAACUGCUCAACCAUAAUACC